AAAAAUACAUUGAAAUUAUUUUCAUUUUCAUAUUUGUAUUAGAAGUUAUUUCAAACACUGAAGAAUUGUGGUAAAUCCAUCAAAGUAUUUGACUCUUUGCAAAGUAUGCAUUAGACUGUGUCAGAUUCAAAAAAGCAACCGAUGCUGAUAUGUGUUGCACAAAAUGUAAAGAGCACUAAAAUAUUAGUCAUCUGUUGUUUAUCCAGCUUACAUUGCUUUACUCUGACUGGGAAGGCCAGGAUUCUUAAUAGGCUCAGUGGAUGUGUAAAUGAGCGGGCAUGCAUUAAAGAGUUUGGGUUUCUGAAGGCAGCAGGUUUCUUAGUUGACUUGUCACUUUUAUUUUGACAGUGAUCCUAUUUUCAGAGACCUGAGACAUGUCUAUAAAUCUGAAUACCAUAGAGACUUGACAGUGGGCAUCUGUGAUUCAGAAAAUAUAAAAAUCUGGUUCCUCUAAUUUUAGUCUUUAAACAGCUAUUAUUUUAAAGGAAUCUAAUAGCUAUACUCUAGGGAACCAGCUCACAUCAACAGAAAAAUCUGUGCCUGAUGUGCCUGAGAAGCAACUUAGGCAUCUGUCUGGAAAUUCUUUGGUGGGAUUCCAGGAGACUGGUCAUCACAUCACCUUGGAAAUUCAAAUAUUUAAGUAGCAGUGGUAUUCCAGAGCCGGCAUUGACGUGGACAUUCGAAUUGGCUUGGGAAUUAUCUGAGAGCAGGUAACCUGCUUUUUCGUUUGUAAUCAGUCAGACAAGGAUGUGUCCAUUUAAAAAUAAAAAUAAAUCAGUGUUGCAUGAAAGUAAGUGAGAGAAGCAAAAUGGUCUUGAAGCUUUGGUGUUUCAGUAGACCUGAUAGAGACAUUAGGACCAUUUAUGAAGAUAAAAUCUUGCCAGGUAUGGUAAGACACCUGCACUUAUCCAUACCAUUUUCAAGGACAAAAUUCACAUUCUGCUGCUCGUAAAUAUCAUUUUCCUCCUAAGCUAAUUGUAUAUUUCUGUUUAACUCGCCUUUGCUUUGAAAGCUCUUUGGUUGAUUAAAUCUCCAGUCUUCAGAUGGGAAGCUUUUCAGGGCAUGUGCCUGUGGUCAUUGAGGUUUUGGCCUUCAAAGGCAAAUCCUAUUCCACUGACAUGGGCCUAAUAUUUUCCAUAUGCCGUCUUUGAAAGACUCAAAGCUCACGUAAAACUCCACAGCACAAGCUACUGACAUUUUGAAAUGUUUUUUUGGGCUUCUGUAUUGUGAAAUAGAUUCUUGUUCAGUGUCUGAUUUUAACCAAGAUCAAAGAAGGCAAGACGCUGCUUUUAUGUUUUACACCAAGGGUUCUCAAAGUUUUAUGGCAAGAAAUCAACCACUUAUUCAGUUGAUUUGCACUGAAACAAAUCAGCCAGUCUAUUGUAAACAGGGCUGUAGCUGCUGGUGGCAUGUUUAAAACAAGUAUUCAGGUGAUCUUUACUUAGGGUUGAUGUGUAUUUGGAUUUGAUCGUCUUCACAUGGGAAAAUACUCACACAGGUAUGUUGUGCCAAACAAACUUUAAGUAUACACUUUCUGAUGUUUAAAUAUCAUCCAAGUUCCAAAAAUAUGUAUUUAGUUUUAUUUAUUUAUUUUUUAGCUUUGAUUCUGUGUUGAUGUUUUAACACCCAUUCUGUUUACUAUACUCAAAUGUAAUGUACUUUUCCCACCACGAUCAGAACACUCAAGCUCUGUCUCAUGCUCUCUCUCAUGUGUCAGUCCCUGCGAGAGAAGAGCUUCUGAACAGGAGUUCUCUAGAGUCACAGAAGCUGGGGUUGAUGGAGGAAGUGUCCUGUCUAAAACUGAAGCUGGGGAACAUGGAAGAGAAACACAUCAAGAGUACUGAGAGACAACAUAAAGCUGAGAGUGUAGUGAAUCUGAUUAGUGAGCUUCAGGAGCAGAUGUGUAGGAUUCGGCAGGAGAUCUCUAGUAAGAUCCAAGAGAAGCCAGCGGAGAUGGUCCCACAGGAAGGUUGUGGCAGUGAGCCAGCACAUGCCUCUCUGACUGAGCCAAAGCCAGCGAACCUGAUUCAGGAGCUCGAGAUGCUCAAGCAUCGAGUUGACGAGCUGGAACAGGAGAAGAUGCAGUACGAGCAGAAGCUCAAAGUGACACAGGCAGAGAUCAUGAGUUUACAGCAUCUGUUGAGCUGUAAGAACUCUGAUAUAGAGAGUCUACAGGCUCAGCUGCUCUCCAGAGCUCCAGUGUCUGUAGACAGCGCAGAAAGAGAGGAGAUAUACAGAAGGAGACUCAACACCAAACAUCAGGAGCUACAAAGGCUGAAGACAGGAAUGGAAUCGCUUAUUGCAGCUAAUGAUGAAAAGGAUCGUCGAAUAGAAGAGCUCACUUUCCUCCUCAGCAAGUUCAGACAAAUGAAUGACAUCAUGACUUUAGUUCAAGCAGACCCAGAAGACAAAUCAGCAGAGAUGAGCAGCGAAGAUGGAAAACAGAACGGGACUGUAAAGAUGAAGACUUUAACACAUAAAGCUCAUGCUGAGUUGACCUUUAGUAGCUCAUCUCCUCUGCUGUUUUCUUCAGUUUCUUCUCAGAAAGAUGCAAACCCCAGUAUGGAAGACUUUGAAGGCAGCUCAGCACAAAAGGCCGUGGAUGGGAAACUGGUAGAGCCUGUUCUUUCAGAGGAGACUCGACCAGCUGAUAACAAACAUCCGACACGCCCAGCAGUGUUGAGUCACCCAGAGAAGGGAGAGAGUGAGGCGAGUGACACAUCAGACCAGAGGACACCAGAGAGCAAGGAUGAAGACAUCAACCUUAGAAUUACAGAGAAAAUGAAGGACACAACCAAUUCUGACCUUUCUUCAGUGUCUUCUGGAGUUGACUCUGGCCAGCAGUCUCCUGUGUUACAAGAAAACGUCAAAAAUAGCAGCAUACGCAAACUUUGGGGAAAGAUGAAGAGGACAGGUGUGCUGUCAGAUGACAUUGAGCCCACUCAGUUCAAAAGAGGAGGGUUCAGGGCCACAGCUGGGCCUCGGCUAACACGGACCCCUGAUUCUGGACGCUCAUCCCGUGCACACACACCUUUCUCUAAGUGGACGACGGAGCAGGUGUGUGGUUGGCUGGAGGACAUUGAUUUGGGGCAGUAUGUCAGUUUGGCACGUCAGUGGGUGGACAGCGGACAAACCCUCCUCUCUGCCACUCCGCAGGAGCUUGAGAAGGAGAUUUGUAUUAAACAUCCUCUGCACAGAAAAAAGCUGCAAUUGGCCCUCAGAGCUUUUAGCAACAAGACGAUGGAGAAAUCUUCAGAACUGGAUCACAUCUGGGUUACACGUUGGCUUGAUGACAUCGGUUUACCACAGUACAAAGAUCAGUUCUAUGAAAGCAAAGUCGAUGGCCGCAUGCUACAGUACCUAACAGUGAAUGAUCUCUUGUUCUUGAAAGUCACCAGUCAGCUCCAUCACUUGAGCAUUAAAUGUGCCAUCCAUGUCCUCCACGUUAACAAGUUUAACCCAAACUGCCUGAGACGCAGGCCAGGGGAUGAAAAUAAGACAUCUCCCUCUGAGGUGGUGCAGUGGUCCAACCAUCGUGUGAUGGAGUGGUUGAGGUCUGUGGAUUUGGCUGAAUAUGCUCCAAACCUUAGAGGCAGCGGCGUUCAUGGAGGCCUAAUUAUCCUGGAGCCUCGCUUUCAGUCAGAGACCUUGGCCAUGCUGCUCAACAUCCCUCCACAGAAAACCCUCCUCAGACGCCACCUCACCACUAACUUUAACUCACUGGUGGGGCCUCAGGCCCAGCAGGAGAAAAAGGAGUUUGCAAAUGCCAGUGGGCAUGCACCACUUACCACCACUGCCAAAGUCAGGCCAAAGAAGCUUGGUUUUACUCAUUUCCGACAACUAAGAAAGCUCAGAAUGGAUGAAUCGGCAGAUUAUAUCUGCCCCAUGGAUACAGGGACCCCACCAACCCUGAGUGGGACACCAAAGAGGCCUUAUGGAAGCUUCAGGGGCAUCAGCCCCAUCCUGGCCAAAGACUCAGACAGACUGGAGCAGGUUGGGUCUAAGAACUGAUUCAUUGCGUCUUCAAUUUAGCCAUUCUUAGCCAAACAAUGCAGUGCUUACUGCCAGUAACACAGCAUUAACACCAUCAAUCAGGAGAAGCCCAGAACUGAUUAUUCAGUGCAUCAUCUGGAAAUGCUGGAUAUGACUGACCAUGGGCUCUUAACAUUGUGAAAUUGUUGUUGUUGUUUGUUUGUCUGUCUGUCUUUAGGUAGUUCCAAUGCUGAAAUUUCACCUUGACAAGUUGAUUUGAGUUUCCUGAUUUUAUUACUUUUAAUGAAUAAUUUAUACCUAUCCCUGACAGGGAAAAAAAGGUUUUGAAAUGACCAAUAAACUGUUUAUUUACUUUUCUCUCUCUUUCAUGAUAUGAACAGACCCUUUGAAAAUACUGUAAUAAAACAUGUAUGCCGUAUUGAAAUGAUGCAUUAUAAUAUAUAAACCAGUAACACUUUAGAAUACUGUUCCAUCUUGAAUACACAGGAACAAAUGAUUAAUGCAAUAUUAAAAUUCUAGUAACUAAAUUAACAGGAAAUGUGUCUGUUGCUUAUAUAACCCUGGCCAGUGCUUAAUUUGAGCCGGAUCCUGUUCCGGAAAAUGUCAGAUUUUGGAUUUUUGCAUUCAUUAAACAUGAA